AUGGAGCGCACUGCUGGCAAGGAGCUCGUUCUGGCGCCGCUACAGGACUGGGGCGAGGAGACGGAGGACGGCGCGGUGUACAGCGUGUCCCUGCGGAGGCAGCGUAGCCAGCGCUUGAGCCCAGGAGAGAGAUUUGGGGGCAACCAGCCCUCCAGCUCCACCGAGGCGUUUCUCCAUUACCGUACAAGCAAGGUGCGGGCGCUGAGGGCGGCGCGGCUGGAGAGGCUGGUACGUGAGCUGGUGUCUGGAGACCGCGAGCAGGAUCCUGGGUUCGUGCCUGCCUUCCUGGCCACACACCGGGCCUUUGUGCCCACUGCCCGCGUGCUGGGCCUUCUACUGCCACCGCCGCCGCCACCAUUGCCGUCGGGGAUAGAGAUCAAGAAGACAGAAGGACAAGAUCUGAACCUCAACAAAAACCUGAGAUCUGUGGUGUCUGUACUGGGCUCCUGGCUUCAGGACCACCCUCAGGACUUCAGAGACCCCCCUGCCCACACAGACCUGGGCAGCAUUUGCACGUUUCUGGCUUGGGCAGCCCCAGAAGGGGCUGAGGUCAGAGAAGCAAAGAGACUGCUGGGAGAUUUCCUGGAGGAGGCUCAGCUGGAGCAGGAAGAAGAGGAGCAGCCAGACCCGUGGGCAGGGUCUCCGGGAGGUGCUCAGACUUCUAACCCAGACUCCCCAGAGGGCUGUGCGGAAGAGGAGGUAGGACUUGUGCGGGAAGGCCCCGAGCUCCUGGAUUUCAGCGUGGACGAAGUGGCAGAGCAGCUGACCUUGAUGGAUGUUGAACUCUUUUCUCGAGUGCGCCCCUGCGAGUGCCUGGGCUCGGUGUGGUCGCAGAGAGACCGGCCCGGGGCCGCAGGCAUCGCUCCAACGGUGCGCGCCACGGUGGCCCAGUUCAACAAGGUGACCGGCUGCGUGCUGGGCUCGGUGCUCGGAGCGCCCGGCCUGGCCGCCCCGCUGAGGGCGCUGCGACUCGAGAAGUGGAUCCACAUCGCUCAGCGCUGCCGGGAACUGCGGAACUUUUCCUCCUUGCGCGCCAUCCUGUCCGCCCUGCAGUCAAACCCUAUUUACAGGCUCAAGAGCAGCUGGGGUGCGGUGAGCCGAGAACCGUUAUCCACGUUCAGGAAACUUUCUCAGAUUUUCUCCGAUGAGAACAACCACCUCAGCAGCAGAGAGAUUCUUUCUCAGGAGGAGGCCACGGAGAGACCUCAAGAAGAGGACAGUCCCCCGGGAAGCUUAGCUUCAAAGCUGCCUCCAGGCCCUGUCCCCUACCUCGGUACCUUCCUCACUGACCUGGUCAUGCUGGACACGGCCCUGCCGGACACACUGGAGGGGGAUCUCAUCAACUUUGAGAAGAGGAGGAAAGAAUGGGAGAUCCUGGCCCGAAUCCAGCAAUUGCAGAGGCGUUGUCGGAGCUACUGUCUGAGCCCCUGUCUGCCCUUCCUGGCCGCCUUGCGUGCCCAACGCCAGCUCACUGAGGAGCAGAGCUACCGCAUCUCCCGUGUCAUCGAGCCACCUGCUGCUUCCUGCCCCAGCUCCCCACGCAUCCGACGCCAUAUCAGCCUCACCAAGCGUCUCAGUGCGAAGCUGUCCCGAGAGAGAGGCUCGUCCCCUGGUGGGAGCCCUGGGGACCCCUCAUCCCCCACCUCCAGUCUGUCCCCAGGCUCUCCCCCAUCUAGCCCUAGAACCAGGGACCCUCCUGGGAGUCCUCCAACCUCUCCAGGGCCUCGAGGCCCUAGCACCAAGCUGCCCCUGAGUCCAGACCUGCCAGGCUCCCAGGUCAUGGCCUUACCCCUGAGUGGCCCUCACAUCCCUGUCCCUGGACAGCAGGGCUCAGAUGCCCGUGUCAUCCGCGUUAGUAUCGACAACGACCAUGGGAACCUGUAUCGGAGCAUCUUGCUAACCAGUCAGGACAAGGCCCCGAGUGUGGUCCAGCGAGCCUUGCAGAAGCACAAUGUGGUCCAGCCCUGGGCCCGAGACUACCAGCUCUUCCAGAUCCUUCCUGGAGACAGGGAACUCCUGAUUCCUGACAACGCCAACGUCUUCUAUGCAAUGAGUCCAGCUGCCUCCGGAGACUUUGUGCUGCGGCGGAAGGAGGGAACUCGGCACCCACCCUCUCUUUCCUUGACUUGA